UACGCCACACUCGUUGUCAGUAACGGCCCAGUACAAUAAUGCAACGUAUAUUAUCUGCUAUUGUGUUUCUCAUCUCCUUUAAUAUUGUUGCGAGUGAUAUAAAAAAUAUAGGCUGGUGGAAAAAUGCAGUGUUUUAUCAAAUAUACCCUCGGAGUUUUCAGGAUGAUAAUAAUGAUGGCAUUGGCGACCUCAGAGGUAUCACCAAAAGGCUAGAUUACUUCAAGACGACGGGAAUCGAUGCUAUAUGGCUAUCACCGAUUUAUGCUAGUCCUAUGGUCGACUUCGGAUAUGAUAUUUCCGAUUUUCGGAAAAUUCAUCCCGACUACGGAACUGAUGAAGAUUUCGCUGAAUUAAUGGAAAAAGCUCGCCAACUAAAUAUUAAAGUACUUAUGGAUUUCGUACCUAAUCAUACUUCUGAUGAACACGAGUGGUUCCAAAAAAGUGUUGCUGGUGAUGAAACUUACCAGGAUUACUACAUUUGGCAUAACAUAUCUGCAGAUGGUAAACCCAUUAAUAACUGGAUUAGUGUGUUUGGAGGAUCAGCUUGGAAUUGUACAUCUGCCCGACGACAAUGCUAUUUGCAUCAAUUUCAUUAUAAACAGCCAGACUUGAAUUUUCGUAGUGAGAAAGUCAAGAGAGAAAUGGAGGACAUCAUCAAGUUCUGGUUGGCUAAAGGGAUACACGGCUUUCGCAUUGAUGCAAUCCCCCAUUUGUUCGAAGCCGAAAAUCUUCAAGAUGAACCAAGAACAUAUCUUCCUGGUAUAGUAAACGGGGAAUAUGGAUACUUGCAUAAUUUUAACACGAAAGAUCAGCCCGAAACUUACGAGGUUGUCAAGUCAUGGAGAAAAAUUAUGGAUGAUUAUGCAGAUUCUACUAACAGCGAAGAAAAGGUUAUGACGGUAGAAGCGUUUGGAUCGUCAUUAAAUAAUAUAAUGAAGUAUUAUGACUUCGGCUGUCAUGUCCCAUUCAACUUCUACUUCAUAACUGAUGUGAAUCGUAACUCUGGGCCCGAUGAAUUCAAAAACAUUAUCGACAUGUGGACCGCUGAAACGGAAAAAAGAUCGGGAACUGUUGCUAACUGGGUGAUGGGUAAUCAUGACGCAUCAAGAACGGCGAGCCGAUUUCCAGGCCGUGGAGAUCAGAUGACAAUGCUUGCAAUGAUCUUACCGGGAAUUGUAGUGACAUACAACGGCGAAGAAAUUGGCAUGAUUGAUAAAACAGAUAUUAGUUAUGAAGAGACACAGGAUCCUGCUGGUUGCAAUGCUGGACGCGAUAAAUACAAGGAAAAAUCCCGGGAUCCUGUCCGAACUCCAAUGCAGUGGGACAGCAGCGUCAACGCAGGAUUCAAUGAUGGAACUAAACCCUGGCUUCCUGUGAACGAAAAUUUUAUGGAACUGAAUUUGGCUGCUCAAAAGAUUGCAAAAGCUUCCCAUUAUAAAAUUUAUCAGAAGCUGAUUCAUUUGAGAAAAACAAAAGCGGCGCUAUUGUCUGGAAAGUUAGGGAGUUUCGUGUCACCUGACAAAAAGUCCCUGACAAUCGUCAGAUCUACUGACAUGGAUAGUAUUAUUCUGGUCAUUAACUUCUCCGACACAGAAACUGUUACUGUCAAUGUGACCAGUCAGGUGUCCUCACUGGCGGCUGAAGGAAUCGUUGAAGUUGCAACACUGGAUUCACCUAUUAAGGAAGGCUCAAGUGUGAAUCUGAAGAAGUUGUCGAUCGCCCCUAAACAAUCAUUAGUUCUCUCUGCUAAAAUCAAGCAAUAGAAUUACAUGAUGAUGAUGAUGAUGAUGAUGAUGAUGCUGAUGAUGGAUAACGCAAAGCCAACUUAUUAUCUUACAAAAAUGUACCAGUAAGCUCACACCUGAAUUUGUUACUGUGUGUAGAAUCACCUUCGUAUAUCUUGUUAUAUCCGCGAAAAUAAUUUACCAUAUUUUGUUAACCCUAUUGCCAUUGAAUUGGAUCUAUUAUUAGAAGUUAUAAUUAUGCAUAAAGAUUAAAAUGGAAUAUAAAAAUGAUUCAUUUUUAAUUUUUAGUCGUGUACUUGGUGUUGUACAAAAUAACGAAAUUGAAUAACAAAAUUUGAAUCGCAACAGGCCUAAAAUCAUUUGGGCAUUAUCAGAAAAUAUUUUUGAUUAUUUUUCCCACCCAAAUUUCAGCCAAUAGAAUUGCACCAUUUGUUGAUAUUUUGUAUAGCCUACCUCGAAUAUCAGCGAUUAUUUUUCCCAUCCAAAUCUUGGCCAAUAGGAUUGCACCAUUCGACGUUAUUUUGUAUAGUCAACACGGUAUUUCAGCGGAUAUUCUUGGAAAUUUCACUGGAAAUUUUGCAUGUUGAUAUAUAUAAAAAAAAACAAAUGUUGAAGUAACCCUCAAUUGUAUCUGACAGAUUAAAUGGCAAUUCGUUGAAAAUUAUGUCUCAUGGUGCAAUUCUAUCGGCCAAGAUUUGGAUGCAAAAAAUAAUCCCCCGAAUACCACUCGAACUUCGAAAUUAUCUGAUAUUUCCCUCAAGGUUCCCUGCAAACAAAUAAGCUCGUCAAGUUUUCCAGAAAAAUCACUCGCGCUUCGCGCUCGUGAUUUUUAAACUGGAAAACUUGACACGUUCAUUUGUUUGCAACGAACCUAUCGGGAAAUAUCCGAUAAUUUCGGAGCUCUUGUGGUAUUACAUGCGAUAAUUUUUUGAAUAUUUUGGUAAACAAACGACCCUUAACCAAAUAAACCUCUUUUCAUGUCAUGGCACAAUUCUCUUGGCCGAAAUUUGGAUAGGAAAAAUAAUCCCCUGAAUACCACUCGAGCUUCAAAAUUAUAGAAUAUUUCCCCCUAGGUUCCCUGCAUACAAACGAAGUCGUCAAGUUUUUCAGGUUAAAAAAUCACGAGUGCGAAGCACGAGCAUUUGUUUGCAACGAAUCUAUCGGGAAAUAUUCGAUAAUUUUGAAGCACUUGUG